UUCCGUAAACAUCCCGACGUCACUUCCGCUUACAUUCGCAUGAAAAAACAUAGCAAACGCUGUAUUUAUUUCGUAUUAAGCGCUAUUUCCAUUCUGCAAUCUUGUGCGUCCGUCAGUAUUGAAGUGCAGAGACGCGCUUUCUAAAGCACGCCUGUGUUAAAAGCCUCAGUAAUGAAGGGCCCGAGUGCAGAGACUGAGGUGAUCGAGGAAGCACCUGCUGACCCGAACAAUGAAGAACUUCCACCAUACCUGCGUGAAGAACCACCUGAGGACUUGGAGAAGGACCACCCUAAGAAUGAAGCAGGCGUGGUGUGGAGAGUGACAGGUGGGCUGUUCAACCUCACCAGAGGAGCGGUGGGCGCCACCCUCGGGGGAGUGGCCUGGGUGGGCAGCAAGAGCUUCGAGUUGACCAAGACGGCUGUGACGAGCGUUCCCGCAGCUGGAGUGGGAUUGGUCAAAGGCGGCGUCUCCGUGGUAACGGGAGGGGUCGGGGCAGUGGGGUCUGCAGUGGCCGGUAAAGUUACACCAAAGAAAAAAGACAAGUCGGAUUAGACUGGCUGACUCGCUCCCACCCUUUGUUCGAUUCGGUGUGUCUGUGGUUGUCUGCCUGGAUUGUUCUCACUUUCAACAGGGUUGGAAAGCAGGUGGAAGGUUCAUUUAGCCCAUGGGAAGAUUACUGUUUUGCAUUCACCAAAUACAACCCUACCUUGUUAACAAAAAGUACUGCAACACGGUAUGUAAACACACUGCAGAGGUACAUGAGUUAAUUGGGAGUGUUGGCUAAAUAUGUAUUAUUAUAAGUUUUUGGGACAGAGGGAGCAAAUGCUGAUAUCAGACAUAUUCUUCAUGAAAUUGUCCACUUUUUACACAGGAAAUGUUAAAUGCUAAUAUGCCAGCAGUUCAAAGACUCCUAAUGUAUACAAAAAUUAGCUCUAAUUGAGCUCAUUUAAAGCCCAUCUUUGAACAAAAUAGUGUGAGAACUUGAAAACUUUAGUAUUGUUAUUAAUUAAUUAAUUAAUUAAUUUAAUACAAAUGACACUAGAUAACGUUCAUCAUCUGAUAAUGUUAGGUUUAAACUAUAUAUUCUCAAAUGUUGUAUUAGUGUCGUUUCCUUGAUACCGAUUCGAGUGCGACCGCAAUGUGUUUUCACUAUAAUCAUUCACAUUCUCAUCAGUCAUGGUAAGUGAAGAAAUCUCUGAACGGCAGUUCACACACCAUUGGCGUAGAUUGCAUUAAUGCCUCCAGUGUAAACACUUCAUUUUGUAAGACAAUGUUUGAGCUGUUGAAAUUGAAUCUGUAGCCAGGAAACCAGUGCCUGGAGUUAAAAGAAAUUAUUCGCAUCUAAAAAAAGGACACAGGGAAACUGUUUUUUCCAGUCUAAAAUACUAAGCAAUCACGCUUCAUUUUCUCUUUGCGAAGCAUCGCUUGUAGUUCGUUUGAGCUGAUGUUUUAUUGGCCGUACAUGUGCCUGAAUGUCUUGGGAGUUCUAAAAGCUCACUGUGGAGUGUUUAGUGUUUCAGAACAGUGCAAAAUAACCACAGAUGUAUUUCCCGCUACCCUUUUACAGCUGUUUACAUCUUAGAACCAGCACAGUGUGCACAUUUGAGUAUUUGUUCGUAUGUUUCUGUCGUUUUUUUUUCCCCUCACUGCUUAAAUGUUUGUUUCCUUUUUUACUUUAUUUAUGCAAAAACAACAUAUGGCAUAUUAUUAUAUUGUUCCAAUGCAUGCUUGAAGCUGUAGUUUUCUGUACAACAUGCUGUUUAUUGUGAGUACGUACUUCAUUUUUUUCAUGUUUCUUUCUGUUUUUGCUAUCAACACACUUUCUGGUAGGUACCUAUGUCUUGAAGAUGCUGUUACUAUAAACUGGACUUUUAAGACCGAGUAGAUUUUGUCUAUAAUAGAACUAUUUUUGCUAAAUUGAUGCUGUAUUCUACAAAUAAAGCAUUCUGUAUUUUAGAAA